AUACUCCUCCUGUGACUGAGCCCAGUCCAUUACAGACUGUUCCUACACCAAAUAUAGAGGGUGCUGUUCGUAUCUAGGAGUGCUAAUCGAGCAGCUUUGCUUCAGCAGCUAGCCACUAUUAUAAGCAGGAACCCCAGAGCCAUAAUAUAGACGAGGAGAAACCAGUAAGAAAAGUAUCCACUAGAAUGCGACCAGGAGGCUGAGAUCUACGACCCGAACACACCUUGUAUUGCAUCUGGCCAACAGCCCUCAUAACAACAGGUUUAUGAUCUGCUGUGACAGAUGUGAAGAAUGGUUUCAUGGUGAUUGUGUCGGCAUUACUGAAAGGCGCGGGCAACUACUUGAAAAAGAUGGGGAGGAUUAUAUUUGCCCCAACUGUACUGUCCCACAAGGGUAUGAUGAAAGUAAUACAGACAUUAACCAGGAGGAGAGCAGGCCAUGACUGCCAACGUCCCUUUUCUUUCUGAGCCAACCCCCUGUCUUCUAUGGAGCAUAGCAUGCUUGAUCAGGGGAUCAAGGGUAGAAUUGAGAAGGCUACACAUCCUACUGGCAAGAAGAAACUGAAAAUCUUUCAUCCUGUGGAGAUUCCUGAAUUGGCUAUCCUGCCCACUGAAGUCUGUGAAACGACCGAGGUCUCUCGUGAGGUUCCCACUGCGUCGGAGGCGCCGAUGUCUCUAAAUGUGGCCAUGUGCAUUGGACCAGGCUGUUCGAACCUUGCCCUUCGUGACUCUGUGUAUUGCAGCCAUGACUGUAUACUUAAACAUGCUGCUGAAACAAUGAAAUCACUUAGCGCAGGCAAAGACGCCAGGGAAAAAGUCAAGGUAAAAAUUGAGAAGAAAUCCCCACCACCCAAAUCCCAGGCUCCUUCCAACCUAACAGUUGUGCAGAAAGCCGCAGCUGAGAAGACGAUCAGCCUCAAGCAUUGUGUUGUAUUAACACCGAAGAUAGAGACGGAAGGGUCCAGCGAUGAGCCAUCGGAGGAGUACGGCAGCAGCACACCUUCUUGGGAGAGCGACCAUAAUUACAUUGCUGUAAAGCCAGAAAAAACUGCUGCCAUUUCAUCCUCACUGUUUUACAAAUCUGAGAAAACGCAAGAACCUGAAAAGAAACCAGAAGUUCCUGCUCCUGUUCCCGUUCCUGCUCCUGUUCCCGUUCCUGCGCCUAUUCCCGCUGCUGUUCCCGUUCCUGCACCGGUUGCUGUUCACGUUCCUGCUGCUGUUCCCGUUCCUGCGCCGGUUGCUGUUCACGUUCCUGCGCCGGUUGCAGUUCACGUUCCUGUUGCUGUUCACGUUCCUGCUCCUGUUGCUGCUCCCCCUACUGUUCCUGUUGCUGCUCCCCCUACUGUUGCUGCUGCUCCUCCUGCUCCUGUUGCUGCUGCUCCUCCUGCUCCUGUUGCUGCUCCUCCAGUUAAAAAACCACCACUCUCUCCAACAUCUUUGCUGAUGAAACCGAUCUCCGCACUGCCCCGGAUCCCCAUGCUGAAGAAGCUCCCUCUUGCCCCAGUUUCAAGCAAGCCCCCAGCAAAGCCCCCAGCAAAGCAGUCUACCAGUACGAGCAGCAGCCGCAGCGGCAGCAAACCUCUGCCUCUCAAACCGCAACCCCGACCCCGUCCCCCUCCACCUCCCACUUCAUCUGCUAUUAGUAAACUUCCAAAGAUACCUAAGAAGAUACAACCUUCAUCCUCCUCUACACCUGAGCCAAGGAAGGCAGCGUUUUCAAACAGUGUUGUUGGCAAGAAGCCAGCAUCUGGGGUCUCGCCGCCCCACUCGUCUUCCACGUCUGCACCUAGCUCAUCAUCCUCGUCUGCGCCUAGUGCUCCACCUAAGCCGGCAUCCAGCUCUUCUCAUCCAAUGCCCAAUAAUCAGAUCAGGCAGAACAUCCGCAGGUCAUUGAAGGAGAUCCUUGUCAAAAGAGUGAAUGACAGCGAUGAUCUGACGAUGUCGGAGAAGGAUGUGGCGCAUGUUGCGAUAAGCAUUGAAAAAGAGAUGUUCCACCUUUAUAAAGACACUGGCAGUGGGUACAAGAGCAAGUAUAGGACCAUCAUGUUUAACAUGAAGGACCCAAAGAAUCAGGGUCUGUUCCAGCGUGUUCUUCGUGGAGAAAUCGGACCGGUAAAAUUGGUGCGCUUGAAACCCGAAGUCCUCGCGUCAAAGAGGCUUUCUUCCUGGAAAGAGACAAAAACGACUGCGGUUCUGAAAACCAAGUCUCGUAUGGAACAUAGAGCCCCCUCAAGACAUUUCUUUAUAGAUAUGGAGGAAUCCCCUCCCAUGUCCGAUACUGACACGGAGCAGCAAGAAACGGCUCGUGUUCCUCCUCCGGAAAAAAGCACCUCGGCCCUCCCAGACAUUUUCAGCAGUAUGUUGGAAGACACAACAGGCCAGCAUCGCGCCCAUCUGUUUGAUCUCAAGUGCAAAAUCUGUACAGGUCAGAUAUCUGCUGACGAUGAACCUCCACCUAAACGUCAGAAGACGACAACCACCACUACUACCACCACCACCACUACUACGACUACUCCAGCUGUGAAGAAGCUAGAACCUAAAAUAAAACCAGAAGAUGAUGAGCCUCCUCCACCUCCAGAAGAUGACUCUGAUACACCCAUGGAGACCAAUGAGAUCAAAGACAGCAUCCCCACUGUGGUCCCUGAACCAGUUUCAUUGCCCAGUUCUUCUCCUCCACCCCCUCAGUCCCCUGUAGCUAGUCAGGCUCCCAUACUUCCUGUUAUCAACCCUGUUACCACAGUCACAGGUUCUGGCAGGGACCCCAGAAGAGCGAUUAAUCGGCCACCUGUACCAGCAGCUGUUGCGACACCGCCAGAGAGCAGCCCCAGAAUCACCCGGGAUAAUGAAGACGCUUCAGCAACAUCGCAGCCGCCACCUCCUGUUGUCUCUGCUCCAAAAUCAAUCUUGAUGAAGCCAACCACCUCCGAUCUUCGAUAUCUAACCGCGUCUUCACCAAACGUAAACAUGUCUGAUAUGAGGUCGCCUCAAGAUGGAAACACCUCACUCUUCCUCUCUCGUCUCAACCCAAUCUGGAAGGGAUUUAUAAACAUGCAAUCCGUCGCCAAGUUUGUCACUAAAGCGUUCCCAGUGUCUGGUUCUAUCGAGUACUUGAAUGAGGACUUGCCAGACACCAUCCACAUUGGAGGAAGAAUCUCCCCAAAGACUGUUUGGGAUUAUGUGGGAAAACUCAAAUCAUCUUUGUCGAAGGAGCUGUCAUUAAUUCGCUUCCACCCAGCCACAGAAGAGGAGGAAGUGGCCUACAUCUCCCUCUACUCGUAUUUCAGUAGUCGUGGACGUUUUGGGGUAGUGGCCAAUAACAACAGGCACAUAAAGGACCUCUAUCUCAUCCCUCUAAGUGCCAAGGACCCUAUUCCAUCGAAAUUGUUGCCCUUUGAGGGACCAGGACUUGAGUCCACACGUCCAAACUUGAUUCUGGGGCUAGUGAUCUGUCAGAGAAAUAAACGCCCUGGUCCUAUUGAGCCAGAGAAGAUUGAAGAGAAACGUCCAAAAGCUCAAAGCCAAGAGGAGGCGGACAUCCUGACAUAUACCAAACUAACCACCUCCAUUUCUCAGCCAGAAAAGAAGAAAUAUCAACCACUAUCUACUGACAUGAGAAGUACCACACCCCCUGGAUCACCACCACCAAUCUCUGAGCCAACUCCAAAGGUUGUUCCUCCCAUUUUUACACUGCCAUUUAACAGAAUGGAGAGUGUUGUCCCCACAAGCAACAUAACAAAGGGUUCUUCUCCACCUGCUGAACAGCCUAUGUCAUCCGGAAAAACAGCCACUCCAUUGGAGCACAUUUUGAAGACCCUCUUUGGAAAAACAACUGAAACUAAAAAUGAAAAUGUGAAUACGCCUGCCCCUGUUACUGCUGUUACUUCUACCAUUACUACUUCAGUAGAAACUAUAACUGAGAGAGGAUUUGUAGAUCCCAUUGUGCAGCAGUUUGGACAGAUGUCUAAGGAUAAAGCUUUUGAGGAGGAAGAUGAUAGACCCUAUGACCCAGAAGAAGAGUAUACUCCAGAAAAAGCUUUUGACCCUACAGUGGUUUUUGACAAUAAUGAUACACCCUACGAACCUGAACAGCCUUGUGAAAAUUUAUAUGACGACGAGGCAUAUGACCCAGAGGAUGAAACUAUACUGGAGGAAGCCAAAGUUCCAGUUGAAGAUUUUCCCAACAGGAUGGCUGCCCAAAAUAAAACCAAAACUUUGGAGGAAUCUGCAGAAUUUCUAGCAGAGUCUUCUGAUUCACCAUCCCUUCUAGAACAGCAAAAAAUGCUGGAGGAGUUAAACAAACAAAUAGAAGAGCAAAAGCGACAACUUGAAGAACAGGAGGAAGCUCUUAGACAACAAAGGGCAGCAGUAGGCGUCUCCAUGGCCCAUUUCUCUGUAUCUGAUGCUUUAAUGUCGCCUCCACCAAAAUCUUCCAUUUCAAGCGCCGAUCUGUUUUCAAAUGAACCAAGUAUAGCAAGUGCUGGAACCGAUACUGAUAUUCAUGUUAUCUCAAGACGAGAUCCUAGGCAAGCAAGAGACCCUCGACAAGCAGUAGCAAAAAUAAUACUGCCAGAUACAGAAAAUGUUCCUAUUGCACACUCACAAACUGAGACACCACUUGUUCCUGUUGAAGCCCAAAGAGCCUCUCCUAUUACAACAUCCUCUAUUAGUAUCCAGAAUGAGACCAUACCUCCUGUUAGUAACCUGACAACAAAGGAAAGUAUCUUUGAAAAGGCUGAACCUGUAGGCACCACUAAACCCGCACGUAAAGUUCUACUGCCAACACCACUGCUUAGGCCAUUGCCACAUAUGGAGUUCAAAACCGGUCACUACCAGCAAGAGUCAGCUUGGGAACCUAAAACCAAUGCUCAAGCUCACUUUUCUAAUCAGGCAAAGUCUUCAUUAGAAAAUCAGACAGAUGAUUUUGAAUCUAAAAAUGAAAUGUUUCCGCAUAAUGAGCAGAUUCACAGUCCAUCGGAUACUUUUGUAGACCGUGUUAAUCCACAGGACAAUAAUAGACCUGAGCCAACAUUUCCAAUGAGCCCCACAGUAGGCCCACCUCAAUCGCAGCGUGAAGUUCUAUCUGUUUAUAGUGAACAAAGACCACCUCUUAUACCUAAUCCUCCAGGUUUACGGGCUUCCCCUGUCUAUCCUGAAGAAAACAUUUCAUCUAAUGUAGAUAAUUAUAGGGACAUGUCACCUGAACAAAACAUUGAGCCCACAGGACCUGGACAGUUUGGACCCCCAGUUCAUCACCCAUUUGGAGACAGAGGCCAUCUCCCUCAUUUUGCUAUAGCAGGACAGUCCCCUACUAGAUUUGAUAGACAAAAUAGUCCUCAAAUGGAAUUCCAAGAACCUCAUUUUGGUAGGCCAAAUGAUGGUCCCCCAAGAUUUCAAAAUCUGCCUAGGUAUGAUGAUCCAUCGCAGUUUGAUAGUCCUCGUCAUUUCGAUGGUCCCCUACAGCAUGACAAUCUGUCUAGAUUUGAAGGAUCAAGAGGACCCAUGCAAGCUCCAUUUCUGGGUAGUCGAGGACAUUUUGAAGUUCAGAACAGACCACAACCCUUGCUGUUUAAACCUUCCAAAGAUGCUCCAAUUCAUUCUUCCUUUGGUGGACCUAGAGGCCCGGCCUCUAGCCUCUUUGGUCCUAGAGGCCAAUAUGCAGAUGAUUUUGAAGAUUCACGAGGCCCAGCCUCCAUUCCUUUCACUGGACCAAGGGUUCCAGCAUUUGACGACUCAAAUAGAAACUUGUCACUCAGUCAAAAUCAAAGAGGCCCUAAUGCUCUCUCAUUUAGUGUAACUUCCAGGCCUUCUGAACAACCUCAGCCCAUGAAACCUCAGCUACGGCCUUUGCUUGAACUCCCAACUGUUCCUCCUCCACAUAGAAGUGAAGCUUGGGACAAACCUAGACCUUCAGAGUUAAUUCAGAAUUAUGGGGACCGUAGGCAAGAGCCAGAGCCACUCUGGGAUUCUAACAAUUUCAGGCAAAAUAAGGACCACAGAGGCUUCGAAGGUAGACCUCGCAACUUAGAAGGACGUAACGAUCCAGAAUCAUCUGACCUUGUACCAAAUCAAGGAUCUGACGAUAGACGAAGAGAAAGAGAGCAUGAUGUACAGUGGGACAGAGAUAGGGGAAGAAAUUGGAACAGAGACCGAAAUAGAGACAUUGAUAGACCAAGAGGAAAUGGACGAGAUGGAGACAAAGAACCUGAAAAGAAGGAAUGGGACAGAAACCGAGAUAGAGACAGAGACCGAAACCGGGAACGAGAUAAUUUUAGAGUCCGGGACCGAGAAAGAGAGCGGGAAAGAGAGCGAGACCGUGAUAGGGAAAGGGAUCGAGAUAAAGAAGGGGACCGAGAUAACAAAGAACGAGAGAGAGAUCGAGAAAGGGAGAGAGACCGAGAUCGUGAACGGGAAAGAGAAAGGGACAGAGAACGGUUUAGAGACCGUGAUCGAGAUGUCUAUAGACGUAGAGACCGAUCCAGAAGCCGGGAGAGGGAUAGAGAUCGGGCCAGAGAAAGAUCUCGUAGCAGAGAUCGUGAUAGAGACAGGGACAGAGAGCGUGAUAAAGGUAGAGACAGGGACAGAGAUAGGGAUCGAGGAAAAGAUCGCUCUGUGCGUAGCGGAAGCAGAGAUAACAAAGACUCUAAAUCUGAUCGAUCAAGAGAUGUUCUGAAGAGCACAUCACAAGAGCCCACACCCUCCAGUCACAUGUAAUGGACUUUGCAAAAAGAAAAUGGAGUACAUGGACUUGUAAUAAUAUAAAAUAGUGUACAUAUCUGUAAAUUAUUAAAUUUUUAUUUUAUAUGUCUAAUCCUUUAAAGGACAAGUUGUUUCCGCUGUGUUUAAAACUCGCUGGUUUAUGAAGACUGGUUAAAAAAAAAGUCUGUUGCGCAACACAAACAGUAGUACAUUUUUACGUACUCCAUCACUAAAGAGGACAGAAGUUCGUUUUGUUUUUUUUUUAAACCGCACUAUGUUGUCAUUUUUAUAAGUAGGCAGUAGCUUGAUUAAGUGCUGCCUUGCACUGAAAAUCUCACUGUACAUGUACCUUGUUAUUAGUUGAUGAAGUAUUUUGUUUAUGGCAUCUUCCAAGAAAGCAUCAGUGCAUUUUUUCUCUUCUCUUAUACAAAGGAGUGCUCUGUAUAUGGUGAUUUGUGGGGGCAAAAAAAAUGUGCUUGUUUAAAUACUGACAUAUAAUCAAAGCAGUCUACCCUGUAGGAGUCAACACCACUUCUAACUUAGACUAACAAUAACAUGGACAUCAUGAUCUCCAAAUUGAUCCAUUUGGGAUUCUAAGCUCGCAGCCUAUGGAAAACUUUAAUGGUUUUGGGGGGGGGGGGGGGAUGUGUGACUUGUUUAUCUGGAGUUAGGGAAAAGGGAUCCUCCACUACUACAAAGAGGUCUUCAGAGAUGAGGGAACCUGUUGCGUCACGGAACUCUCCUUUAACGUGAACCAGGUAGAUUUAUAAACUUCAUCUUGCUUCCCUACCUUACACCAGUGGGAGUUGCUGCUAAGAUUUCGGUUGAGUUACAUUUCGUUUAAGAAACCUUUAAAAAAAAAAACGCACAAGCCCCCUGCAACUAUACAGCACAAUAACAGCACAUUUUCUUCAGGGUGAAACAAUUGUGAUGUACAGUCCUAUCGGUUAUCUGAGAAGCAUUUAUGAGUCAACAAUGUGUUCAUAAAAUUCGGUUAAUGUAAAAUAGCUUUUUAUAUGAAAAAGAAACCCUUUAUUGUACACUAACUGUAAAAUAUAUAUAUUUUUUUCUAAGUAGAAUAAAAACCUACUAUGUGGUCA